AUGUUUCACUCCGUGCAGAAUCGCGUGAGGCUGUCGCAAGCACCGGAUUCGUCGUCGGAGUCGUCGCUGGCCAGCUUCAUCAGCAACCUCGCACGGCCGGCCGGCUCGUACCGCACGCAGUUCCUGCCUUCGCCGCAGCAGCGCAAGAAACAGCAACCGGAGUCGCAGCAACAAGGAGACGAUCAGAAUGACCAGGCUCAAGCCGACCAGCCGUCGGAGCAAGGGCUGAGCGCCGACGGCGAAGAGCAACAGCACUCGCAUGCUGACCAGGAGCCGAAGCAGUCGCCGUUACCGCUUCCCCUCUCCCUUCCUCGCUUCUUCCAGUGCCCGCAGCGGUCUCUGUCGCUCGACCCUCGCAUUCUUCGCAAGCUGCUCUUCGAGCGACACGCAAAACCGUCGCACGACGACGCGACGGAAGGCGACGAUUCGAGCCCCGCCGACAAACAACCAGAGCUCCUGGAGGAUAUGAAUCAUCCGCAGGAGCCACCGUCGACCAUGGAGAAGAAAAGCUCGUUCUCGGAAAAUAAGCCCUCCCUGCACCGCCGAUCCUCGCUCCCGUUCGUCAAGGAGGUUCGGGAAGAUGCCGAAGCUGAUGACGGCGAGGCGAAGCAGAUCCGCGAGGAGGGGCAGACGCGGGUUCUCCCGCUGGACAUGGAGAUGUCGCCGCGCACGCGGUGGGAGGAGCUGAGCGAGCAGCAGCUGCUGCACGAGCUGCAGCGCCGCGAGGAGGACGCUGCGCGGCUCAGGCGGAUGCGCGAGCAGCAGGAGAGGGCCGGCGCGCGGGAGUCGUCGCGGGAGAGACGGCGGGACGUGUCGCCUCAACGGGACUUCCUUCCCCGCGACACCCUCACGUGGGUGCUGCUGGCGGGCGGCGCCAUCGCCGCGGCGGCGUCUGCGGUGGGCAACAAGCGGCGCAAGGCGCAUCUUACGGACACCCAAACCGCUUACUGUUCCUCCUGUCCCCGUUCCCACUCGCCGUCCUUUGCUAGUCAGUUGCCCCCUCAACCUCCCCACCUUCUCCCCGGGCCUACAGUCGCCCUGAGCGAUCCUCGCGGCAGCAGCGUCACGGGGGACGGCGGCGGGCGCAGCAGCAGGCGGAGCAGCAGCCGUCACAGCCACCACCACGACCGCGCAUACGACCACAGGCACGCGCACUCGCGCGGGCACGAGGGGCACGGGGGGAGGCAGCGCGCGCGCGGGGCCGAUUGCGGGGCGGACGACAGCGGGGAGUCGCGCGAGGCUUAUCUGGGGGAGCAGUACUCCGGGCAGGGAGGGUACGUGGGGAACAGGCUUGCGCCGGCGGAGCGGGGGAGCUACAGCGAGAGGCGGAGACGAGGGGGAGGGAGCAGUAGGGCUUACAAAGAGGGCAGUGCCACCAGUGCUGCUGCUUACACCGCUGAUGCCUUCACCCCUUCUUCUUCCUCCGCCGCAGCCGCUGCUGCUGGUGCUGGUGGAGCAGGCAGCAGGACGCGGACUUACUCCCUCUCCUCUGGUCAAGACGCCGCCGCCGCCACCGCCGCUGCCAUGGCAGCCGGCACAGCCGCCGCUGCUGCAGGCGCGCUCGCCGCCCCCUCCCUUCCCCCUAUCGUUCCCCCUCACCACAUCCUCGUGGCGCCAGGCGCAGCAACGGGAGGGGCUCCCCCGGUGGGCCUGGGUCUGCUGGGCAAGGAUGCUCCGGAGUUCUGGGCUGCGCUUCCUUCCGACGCGCUCGCAGCAGCGUCCGCCGUGGCAGCUGCGGCGGCUAAGGGGAAAGCGCCCCUGUUUACCCCCGAGAGCUCCGCCCCUGGCGCGGGCGCAGGUCCGUCGUCCUCGCUUCAGCUGCGCACCCCUUCCCAGACUGGUGAGCGCGCGGCGCCGCACGCGCCCUUCUCUUCCCCUUCUGCUGGCGUGUUCCGCUUCACCGGCGCCAGCCCCAGCGGCGGCGGCGGAACUGAUGGCACAGGCGCGGGGAGCAGCGGAACGCCGCUGGGUCUUCUGGGGAGCGGCGUGGGGACCUUUUCCGGGCUGGGGGCGUCCGCGCAUACGUCCAGCCCCUCUUCCGCCGCGGGGCUCCCCUCCCGCCGCGAGGAGGUGCUGCGGCUGCGCGCGCAGCUGCGGAGGCGCGACGAGAUGAUCCUAGACAUGCAGACGCAGCUGCUGCGCCAGGAGGAGGGGGUUGCGCAGCGGAUGGACGGGCUGGCGGAGCUCGAGCACGCGCUGGAGGAGCAGCGCGCGGAGAAAGCGCGCGCGGAAGCGAGGGCGGCGGAGGCGGAGAGAGAGGCGGAAGCCCAGGCGGAACAGUGCCAGGCGUUGUUGCGGAGGCUGAAGGAGCUGGAAAGGGGCAAGGGGGGAAGAAGCGGAAGCGGGGACAGUUCCGGGGGUGGAAAUGCUAGCGCGGAAGGAGAAGCAGGCGGAGCCAGUGGGGGGAAGUCGGAAGAGGGGGAGUCCAGGGCGGCGGAAGGCGUGCUGGAGGCGCAGAUUGCGGAGGCUGUGGCGGCGGCGAAGGAUGCGGCAAGGCAGGCGGCGGAGGCUGCAGCGGCGGAGCAGUACCGCGUGGGGAAGGCGGAAGGAUCGCUAGCCGCGCAGCGGGAGCUGGAAAUCGCCGUGCGCCGGGGCAGGCAGCUGGAGGAGCAGCUCGCCAAGGCGGAGGAAUCCGCGGAGAAAUGGGAGCGGCUUGCGCGGGAGGCCAUGGCGGAAAGCGCGCGGAAAGAGGCGGAGGCCGCGAAAGCAGAGGCGCGCGCCGCCCGCGCAGCAGCGGAGGCGGAGCGCCUGGAUGAGGAGUGCGCGGCGCUGGGCGCGCAAUACCAGGCGGUUCAGGAGCAGGCGGAGGCGCUGGAGAACGAUCUGCGGGAAAUGCAGGAGAAGGCGGAGCUGUGGGAGAACAGAGGCCACGAGGCCGUCAAUAUAGUGGAGAUACUUGAAGCGGAGCUGACUGUAGCGAAGCAGCAGGCGGAGGAGGCGGAGGAGGCGAAGCGGGAGGCGGAAGAGGCGCGGCGAGAGGCGGCGGACGCCAAACUCGAGGCGGCUAUGGCGCGGGAAAAGGUGGCGGAUGCCUCCGCCGCGAUGGCGGAAGAAGCGGAAGCGGCAGGCGCGCGGGUGAAGGAGCUGGAGGAGCGGUUGGAGGAGAGCGAGGGGCGCGCGCGGUACUGGGAGGUGGCGGGGAGCGAGGCGGUGGAGCAGGCGGCGGCGGCGGAGCGGAAGGAGGCGGCGGCGGUGGCGGCGGUAGAGCUGGCGGCGCAGAUCUCGUACCAGAAGGGGCGGGAUGAGAUGCGCGCGGAGAUGCAGGCGGAGAUGGGGCCGCUGGUGCAGGCGUGGGAGCGGAAAUGCGAUGCGCUUCAGAAGCAGUGCGAGUCGCUGCAGCAGCGGAAGGGGGAGGGGCGGGAGGAGCGGGACGGGACGGGCGCUGGGCGAAGCGGAGAGGUGAGGACAGCGGAUGGAAAGGCGGAGAGUGGAGAGGAGAGUGGGGAGGAGAGUGGAUCGGAGAGUGGGAGUGUGGUGGAUGAGGAGGGGGGGGAGUCAGAGAAGAGUGAGGUGUUGUCAGGGGACGAGGGGGAAGGGACUAUGCUUGUACCCACCAACUCAUCGGAAGAGGAAGGUGCGCUUGUUCCCAGCAACACACCUGCGCCAUCCCUGGCACCUGUGCUAGAGCAGGAGGUGCAGCUGCUGCAGGAGAGAUUCGCGUCGUUGGAACGGGUAUACUCCCUGGCGGAGCAGGAGCGCACUGUGCUGCAAGAGAGGAACUCUAUAAUGGAGCAGGCGCAGUUUGAGUCGGAGCAGGAGCGCGCAGGCCUGCAGCAGGCGCUGUCAGAGAGGGAAGCAAGGCUGGAGGCGUGGGAGAAGAAGGGUGAGGAAUUCAGUGCUACGGCUGAAGAGCUGGAGGAGUGGAGGGGAAAGGCAGAAGAGGCAGCAGUGGCAGCAGCAGCAGCUGAAGCGUACAGGCAGCUCGUGGACAUGAAAGAGGCUGCUUCAGAGGCCGCGCAGGCCAUUAUAACGCAACAGGGGCAGCUUAUAGCGGAGCAUGAGGCGCGGAUGGCAGAGCUGAGCGCGGAGCUUGAGAGCAGCCGCGCUGCUGCUGGUGAGAUGAAUAACAGGCUCGAGGGUGCCGUGAGAGAGGUAGCGGAGAGGCAGAGGGAGCUGGGUGAAGCAGGGACAGCAGCAGAGGAGAGGGAGCAGCAAUUGAGGGUGCUGCAGGAGCAGCUGCGUGCUGCUAUGCAGAGGGAGGAGGAGCUUCAGCAGGAGGUUCUAGAGGUGAAGGCAGCUUUGGAAAGAAGAGUGGCUGAUGCUGUAGAAGCGGGGCGAGAGGAAGGGAUGAGGGAAGCUGCAGCCGCAGUGGCGGAAGCCGAGGCUAGAGCCACUGCUGCUGCUGAAGCAGUAAAGGUAGCUGAAGCCUUGGCUGCUGAUGCGAGGGCAGAGGCGGAUGCUGCAAAGGAAAGGUGCGUGGUGCUGCAGAAUGAGCUAGAGGCGAGUGAGAGGAGGGCGCAGGAGAGUGCGAGGAGAGUGGAGGAGAUGAGGGUGAAGGAGAGAGAGGCGCUAGAGGCGCUGGAGGCGGCAGAGGCGUCUCAGGAGCAAGUGGUGGCUGCUGCUGUGCGUGCCGCCCAAGCUGCCGCCCAAGGAGCUGCAGAGGAAGCAGCAGAAGCCGCAGCGGAGGCAGCAGGCGAGGCUGCACGGCAGCAGCUGGAGAGAGAGCGGGAGGAGAGGAGGAAGGAGGUGGAGGCGGUGAGGGAGCAAGCAGAGGUGAAUGCUGCAGCGAGAAUCAAAGAGACUGAGGCUGCAGGGGCUGGUGCGGUUGCAAGUGCUGUAGCAGAGGCUGUAGCAGUGCAGGAGGCAGAGGUGGCUGUGUCUGUGGCGGCGGCUGUAGCAGCAGGGGAGGAGCAGGCGGUUGAGGCGUUUAGGAAGGGGUUGGAAGCUGGGAGGAAGGAGGUGAUGGGUGAAGCGGAGAAGGAGAGUGAGAAAGUGAGGGAGGAGUGUGCUGUGCUGGAAGCUAGGGUUAGAGAGACUGAGGAGAGGCUGAGAGAGAGUGAGAAGCAGGUGGAGGAGAGUGAGGGGAGGGUUGGGGAGAGGGAGAGGAGGUUAAAGGAGAGUGAGAGAAGGUUGGAGGAGAGCGAAGGGAGGCUGGAGGACUGGAGGAAGAUGAGGGAAGCUCAGGAGGAGGCACUGGGAGGGUUGGUGGUAACAGCAGCAGCAGGAGGGGUUACAGCUGCAGUAGCUCCAUCAAAGGCUGGAUCACGGGCAGCAGAUGCAGAAGCACUGAAAGCAGAUGCAGCAGCAGCAGGAGCAGCAGACGAGCCUGAGGCCAUGGAGGUACCGAUAGGGCUGACACCACAGCAGAUGGAGGACUUGAGGGCACUACUCGAGGAGAAUCGCCAGCUGGACGCUGCCAAGGUGGCAGCAGAGAGGGCUGCUGAGCUGGCGGGCAGUGAGCGUGAUGAGCUGGCGGGGCGUGUAAAGGAGCUGGAGAGCCAGCUGGCAGCGCUGAUUCAGCAGCAGCAGGAUGCAGCAGCAACGGCGCGACAGGAGGGGGCUCUUCGGGGUGAAGAUUCUGUAGUGGAAGGGAAAGAGAAGGACGAGACGACUCUCAAGGCGUUUGAUGGGCUGUCCACUCGCAGUCUCGCUGGCAGUGAUGACAGCAGCAGCAGCGAGGGCAGUCUGGGGGAGGACGCUGUGGAGGGGCAGACGGUAGCAGCAGUGGGUGGUGGUGAUGGGGAGGGUGAGAGGGAGGUGGUGGAGGAGAAGGAGCGGAGUGAGCAGGUAGGGGAGCAGCAGGGGAUUGGUGAGGAGGCGCGUGAGAAGGAAGCAGAGGAGGUGCCAGAGCAGAAAGAGGAAGAGAAGGUGGUGCAGCAGGAGAAGGAAGAUGAGGUGGCGCACGAGGAGGGGGCCUCUGCAGCGGAAGCGGGUGGUGACUUGGAGCAGGUGGUUGUGUUGGAGUCGUAUGGCAGUGGCGUUCCCCCUGCCGCCCACCCUGACGUGCAGGAGGCUGGCAUGCAGGAGCAUCAGGAGGAAUCAGAAGCUGCAUUGGGGACCAAUGCUGAGGUGGAUCGGCUACGCGCGGAGCGUAACAGAGUGGCGAACGCGAUGAAGGCGAAGCUGGUGGCGGAGGAGAGGGCGAGGCUGGUGAGCGAAGGCAAGCACCUCAAGGACGUGCUCGCGGGGCUCGAGGCCGAACUGGGGGAGGUGGCUUCUGAGCUGCAGCGAGAGGGCCAGCGCGUUCCCAACCUGACCCAUCCUGACGUGCCACGUGGCGGCGAAGAAGUGGCUGUUACCUUGCGAACGGUGGGCGAGAAGCGCGUGUUCGCCUUUCCCCCAAAGGACCACGUGGAGCUCGGCCUCGCGCUCGACCUCUUCGACUUCGACUCCGCUGCUGAGGUGAGCGGCGCCAAGUUCUACUAUCUGCGCAACGAGGCGGCGCUGCUGGAGAUGGCGCUGCUCAAUUGGGCGCUCGCGCUGCUCGUGGCGCGAGGCUUCACGCCCGUGUCCACGCCCGACCUCGUGCGCUCGCACGUCGUCGAGCGAUGCGGAUUCCAGCCGCGCGCCGCCAACACGCAGGUGUACUCAGUGGAGGGGUCGGACUUGUGCUUGGCCGGCACAGCAGAGAUUCCUGUGGGCGGCAGCUUCAUGGAUAAGAUUUUGAGCGAAUCAGAUCUGCCGCAGCGCGUUGUGGCCUUCUCCCACUGCUUCCGCACAGAGGCUGGCGCGGCUGGCUCUGCCACCAGGGGGCUGUACCGCGUGCAUCAGUUCAGCAAGCUGGAGAUGUUUGUGGUGUGCCGCCCGGAGGACAGCGAUGCCUUCCACCAGGAGCUCAUUGAGAUUGAGGAGGAAAUGUACACUGCUCUCGGACUACACUUCGUCACCUUGGACAUGCCAACAGCGGAUCUAGGCGCUCCUGCCUAUCGCAAGUUUGACAUUGAGGCCUGGAUGCCAGGGCUAAACAGAUAUGGAGAGAUUGAGGACAAGUCGGACGAAGUACUUCGUUUCGCCGACGAGAAGGUUGACGUCGCACUGAAGUACGCGGACAGCUACGUCCCCAGAGACUUGGCUUAUCGAGCAUCUGAUUUUGUCCGCACUGUUCCGGUGCGUGCCAAGGAGGCUCUUCACGGCUAUCAGGAAAAGGGAGCCAUUGGCGCUGCAAAAUCCUACUAUUACGACUCACUGGAGCCGGUUCUCUCAGCCUACCUUGUCUUCUUGUGGCGCUUGGCGUUGUCCAUGCCGCUUGUCCCCCAUGUGGUAGAAGCAGCUUACCCCACGGUAUUCGCAGCAGCCAGUAAGUACAACAACGUCGUCGCAUCGUUUCAAAAAUCCGACUUCGCGUAUGUGAAGAAGGCUGCUGAUGUAGUUCCGCUGGUUCCCGUGGAGAAAGCUGAGAGCUACGUGAAGCUCAGUCUACAGCAGGCUGGAGUGCAGUAG